UAUCACAUGAGUCAAGUGGGAGAAUGUUAGAAAAAUAAUAAUAAUUAUUUAUUAUUUUAAUGUAUGACUCAUAUGAAAUAUUAAUUUAAUUAAAGGACUUAUUGGUCAUUAUGUAUGGGAUAAUGGGAAGUUAUUUUAACCUCCCAUAAUUGCACGUAGCCGACUUGAUGGAGGUUGGCUUCUUUAUGUACAUGGGUUCUGUCUCUCCCAGAAGGGGUCUUUCACCGUAGCCAUCAGAAAGGUGUGAAGAAGAAAGCGAAAGGGAAGAGAUAGAUUGGGACUUGUAGAAAUUUCUUCUGCCGUCGUUGUUUUCUUUUCUCAUGGAUCAAGGUAAAAGGAUCCUUCCUGAGAGAAAUUCAUCAAAGUAUCGAUCAGCUGUAUGGUUUCUUGACCCCAGAGAUAAACUGGACUCGAGUAUCGAGCCGGGUGAUGUUAAAUACCGUGCAGCACUGUCCAGCAUGGCUUCCAAACUGGCUUAUGAGAACGAGUCAUCCAUUAAAAGCGUAGUUACGGACGACUGGAAUAUGGAAUUUCUGGGAUUCUACGAUUGCUGGAAUGACUAUCAACGGCAAUUCAGCACGCAAGCGUUCAUGUUGGGGGACAGAGCCGGCGAUCCCGAGCUCAUCGUGGUGGCGUUCCGCGGCACCAACCCCUUCGAGGCCAUGGACUGGUACACCGACUUCGACGUGUCGUGGCACGAGCUCCCCGGCGCUGGCAAGGUCCACGAAGGCUUCCUCAAGGGCUUGGGGCUACAGAGGAGCCCCCACGCCCUGCCCAAAGAGGCCGAGGGAGGAGAGAUUAAGCCAUACGCCUACUACGCCAUCCGGGACGAGCUGCGCCGACUCCUGCGGCGCAACGCGAAGGCCAAGUUCUUGGUGACCGGGCACAGCCUGGGCGGCGCGCUCGCCGUGCUCUUCCCCUCGGUCCUGGCGCACCACGGCGAGGAAGAGCUGCUGCGGAGGCUGGAGGGAGUGUACACGUUCGGGCAGCCGCGGGUAGGCGACGAGGUGUUCGGGGAGUUCGCCGGGAGGCAUUUGGAGGGGAGGUACUUCCGGUACGUCUACUCCAACGACAUUGUCCCCAGAGUGCCCUUCGAUGACUCUGCUCUGUUGUUCAAGCACUUUGGGACGUGCUUCUACUUCGACAGCCUCUACAGAGGGAAAUUGAUGGAGGAGGAACCGAACAAGAACUACUUCUCCCUGUGGGAGUUGCUGCCCAGGUACAUGAACGCGGUGUGGGAGCUCGUUCGGAGCUUCUUGAUGGGGCGGUUGAAGGGGGCAGAGUACGAGGAAGGGUGGCUGUUGCGGUUUGUGAGGCUCUGCGGGAUACUUUUGCCUGGAGUUUCCUCGCACCUUCCUGGUAACUACGUCAACUGCGCGAGGUUGGCGAGUAAUUAAUUAGUCCACUUAAUUCUGCAUGCUGCCGGCGGCCGGGUUUGGAAGCGACGAGCAAGAUCGGUAGCUGCUUAGACGAAAUUAAUGUUCAUAAUCUUUAUAUAAGAUCAAAUUGUACUAUGCUAACAAAUAAUAUUAUUAAAAUUUUCUU